AUGUCCAAAAUCGGCGUCUUCCCCGCCUCAGGUGGCCUCGGAUCCAGCAUCGUCAACCACCUCCUCCAGCUCGUCCCCGCCUCCGAACUUGUCCUCCUCGCACGACACCCCGACAAGCUCGCAGAUGUGUCGCGUGCGGGCGCAACAGUCCGCCGAGUCGACUACGAUGAGCCCGAGACGCUGUAUCGCGCAUUUGAGGGAAUUGGCGUGUUGAUGCUGAUUUCGUAUGCGUCCUUUGAGAUUGAGCAUCGCAUUGAGGCUCAUAAAAAAGCCAUCGACGCCGCCCUCCAAACCCACGUCAAACACAUCUUCUACUCCUCCCUCGCGUUCGGAGGCGACCUGCAACCCACCAGCACCGCACACGUCAUGGGCGCCCACCUAGCCACCGAAAAAUACCUCGCCGACCUCGACGCCCCCAUCACCUACACUGCCAUCCGCGAGGGCCUGUAUUCAGAGUCCUACCCGAUCUACACAAACUGGUUUGACGUGAACAGUCCCAGCAGUGAAAUUACAAUUCCACACCCGGGGACCGGCCCGGGCGUGGCGUGGGCAAAACGCGACGAACUCGGGGAAGCGACGGCGAAAAUGAUCGCGAGCUAUGCGAAAAACCCCGAGGGAUUUCCGUAUCUGGAUCGGGUGGUGCUGCUUUCUGGGCCGCGGGAGGUGUCGCUGGCGGAGACGGUGGAGGUGUUGGGGAGAGUGGGGGGGAAGGAUACGAAAAUCAGGGAGAUUUCGGUGGAGGAGUAUGCGAAGCUCCCGCAUGAGGGUAGACAUACGUAUCACGGGGUGGAUUUAUCGCGGGAAUGGGCGACGGCUUGGGAUGCUAUUCGAAAGGGGGAGACGGCGGUGGUGUCGCCGGUUUUGGGGGAGAUUUUGGGGAGAGAGCCUGAAGCUUUUGAGGUGACGGUGAGGCGGUUGAAGGAUAGAUCAUAG